UAAGAUGGCCGCCGAAGGAAGUAAUAUUUUGUUUGGAAGAUUUCAGAUCCCUUAAAGUCUUCUUUUUGACAGGCUAUCCGCGCAAGAUGAGUUGGUGGUGUCUCGUAGCUGUUUUGUUUUCAACCCUGAUGACUCUAGAUGCACGGAAUCGCACCGAAAUAUCGCUAUUCAACAACACGUGGACCAAUGCUACCCUAGGACCAGGUGACACGAUAGAUGUCACCCUGUCCAAUGUGAGUGUUAACGCCAGCUUUGCGAUGUUACACCUUCACGCUAUCAAAACCACCGUGGUGGGGUCAUUGACCCCAGACUACCACACCUACACGAGCGUCAACAACUCGGACGUCGGCCUGUUGACCCUGCUGGAGAAGGGUCAGAGUUCAGUGACCUGGUUCGUCAAUUCUACGCUUAAUGAGACAAAGGGUUGCAAGGUCUGGAUGUUGGCCCUGGAAUAUAACACUUCAGAUCCUAUUCCCGGCGCCUGUAACCAGGAGUUUCCCCUCGACAAUGACCCCAACAUCCACGUCAACUACAACCUCUACGAGACUGUCCUGCAGUUCCAGUUCUCCAACAUCGGUUUCCCGCGCCAACCCAAACGCAUCCCGGAGUGCGACCAGGGAUCGUCCGGGGACCACCGGCUGAAGUACGACGUGUACCGGUACUACCUGCCCGAACGUGACUUCAGUGAGACCAGUCUGGUACAGGGGCUGAAGAGAAUGACUCUCCCGGCAGACAUCAGAGCAAAUGGACAUCUGAUAAGAACCCUGGACAGCAAGAAGAAGCCCAACUUGACCUUGGCAUCAUUCAAGGGACAGGGAGUCAUCUACAAUGUUGUUGUACGUGAUCCCAAACUGAACACCUCAGCCUCCUACAUUCCUGUACAUACAUACGCCUGCAGCUUCAUUGAUACAGUAGCCGGCUGUUUUGCAAACAAUGAUGUAGCCAAAGGCCUAUGUACCAUUGCUGGUGUCAUCGGUCUCUUUCUGUGCUUUGCUGGACACAGAUAUUUUAAAACAGAGCUGUUUAUAUUUGGUUUCCUGGCAACCAUGCUGAUCACCUUCAUCCUCAUCUCCAUGAAUUCAGACGAGAGUCACGUCGUUCGUGUAGCCAUCUCCUGUACAGUGGGAGUAGUAGGUGGGAUCCUGUGGACCAUGUUCUGGUGGAGGUUUGGGCUGGCAGUACUGAGUGUGCUGUUAGUCGGCCUUGUGCUUGGGUACCUGUUUGCCUCCAUCAUUUUCUUCACACCGUUCGGAAACCUGAAUGUGUGGGUGAACGACUUCAACUAUGGCAUGUCCUUUGCCUGUGGGAUCAUGAUUGUCCCAGUCUUUCUGCUGGCCUUCACAAAAACUUUAAGUAUCGUGUCCUGUUCUGUGGUUGGCUCGUACGCAGUCAUCCUGAUGCUGGACGCCUACCUGUACACCAGUCUGUCGUACAUCGCUCUCAACCCCAUCAAGAGGGCCGUGGUACAGGACUUCAGGGUAGCUGUCAUCAGUGCACCCUUCCAGGUCAAAGAUUAUGUCCUGGUAGUUCUGUGGGCACUGCUGAGCAUCCAGGGAGCGGUGUGUCAGUUCUACCUGGAGCGGGGGCGCGAGGACUUCCCGCCGUGUCCGUACGAACUCUACAGGAAGAAACGACAGAAAGCGCUGCCGCAGCCAAACAUCCAGCAGCCCGAACCGCAGGACAGACAGGAGACAGAACCACUGCUCAACAACCAGGGACCACCAACAUAUGUCAUCAACCAUGUCACAUGAUGCAGGUCAUGUGACGCACUAUUGACCAAUCACAGGUUAACUAGAAACAGUAUGUCAGCAGAACAGACUGUGCCUGUGCAAACCCUUGAUUUUUCACGGUUUUGUUGGAUGUUUGGUCACCGUUGCAUUACAAUUUUUGCUGUUGCAGAGGGUAUCUUUUCCGCCAUAACAUUUGGAAACUACAGAUGGAAUGUCAACCUUAUGUACGCAAAUAUAACCUUAUAUGACACGUUCUGCCAAAGUGCUAUACACAAUACAUUACAGGUUUCGCACAGGUGCAGUAUGUUCUGCCAAUGUUCUACUAGGGACCCUUAUAAUUACCAACAUAGAGUUCAUAAUACAUGUAUGGACAAACAAUAGACUACAUAUUCAUGACCACUUACUUUUGUUGUUUCAAAAAGUGAUCAGUGACUUUUCAAUAUUCAAGAAGAUAUCACCCAUUGUUACAGAGUACAUUUAUACAAGUAACUGUGCAACGUACAUGUAUGAUUAAAAGUGGUACUUGUAGAUCUCUGCAUAUCAAAAAGAAUUUGUAUUUUUCCAUUUGAUAUGCCUAAUAUUAGUAAGUAGUUUGGGAUAAUGUAAGCACAUUUUCCACAAACAUGAUUUAUAUGACCUCAAAAUCUUACUCCUUUGCUUAGUUUUCUAAGAGAACAGAUUUGAAUCAUGAUAGCAAUGGUUGACUUGUAAAGUGUAGAGAAUGUAUGAGUAUUUAUAAACAGUUAAGUUAUAUGGUGUUGUAGUCUUAAAGACAUGUCAUCAAUGACAAAGUUGUCUCUAAACUGUUAGCAAACUUCUUACACCUGGCUGUACUUCUGAAUUUUCUAUAUAAGGCCAUGCUGAUUUGAUUAUAUUGAUGACAUCUGCGUGUGCAUGAAUUUUUGUCCGUUUCCCAAAAAAAGUUUUUGACCUUACUGUAAA